AUGUCCGCCUCCGAUUUUACCAUGAGCCCCAUCGCAUGGCUAUUCAUUUCCAUGUUUGCCGGAGUUAUUCUGAUUCUCGCCAUCGUUUAUCUUUUUGCGCUCAAGAUUCGACACGACAAGAAGAAAGCAGCUCAAAAAACAGAGGAAGAUGAGAUCUUUGGUCACGCUAUCGCAAACCCCAUCACGAGCUGA